UUACAUAGUAGGCCUAUUUUUAAAAAAUGCGAUCCCUGUGGUAAUAAUCCUUGGCUGAAAUAGCUAAUCGAACGAGCCCUUCUGACGCCAUAGUCACUUAAUUGAUUUUUACAUCCAUGGACUGUAUUGACAGUAGGCCUACGUUGCAAAGUGGUCAAGCACUGACAAAUAAUCAUUGUUAACAGGUUAAUUACAGCACAGUGGUCAGCUUCUGACUGGACAGUCACAGUAGGUGAUCACGGUACGGUAUCAACAUGCUCCCAUGCCACUUGAGUUUAUAGUUGAUCUGGAACAGAAACCCCUAGUUACUAGUACAUACCGGUAUACACUGUAACUAUAACACUCUAUGCGAUAUUGGUUGGUAUGGUGAUAUAGUUACAGAUCUGUGUUGGUGAUUGAGGGAAUUAAACAGAAAUACAAACGGUAGAUACAAGACUAGAGAGGAACUUUGCGAAGGAAGAAUUUAAUGUUGAAACAGAUGGCAAAGCCCAUUGUGAUGGUGACUGGAAACCCUAACAAACUCCAUGAAGUUUUGCAUAUCCUUGGCCCAGACUUUAAGAAUAAGGUAACUAGUCAGAAUGUUGAUUUGCCAGAAUACCAGGGAACUUCAUAUGAAAUUGUUACAUCCAAAUGUAAGCUGGCUGCAGAUUUGAUAAAGGGACCAGUUAUUGUGGAGGACACCAGCCUGUGUUUCAAUGCACUUGGAGGAAUGCCUGGUCCUUACAUAAAGUGGUUUCUUGAUGCAAUUGGACCAUCAGGUCUUUACAAGAUGCUUGAUGGGUUCGAAGACAAGACAGCAUAUGCUCAGUGUGUGUUUGGAUAUUCAUCAGGACAGCCGGGGUCACCUGUUGAAAUUUUUGAUGGGCGUUGUUGCGGUCAGAUCGUAGAGCCACGGGGUUCCACUGCAUUUGGUUGGGAUCCAUGUUUCCAACCAGACAAUUUUGAACAAACGUUUGCAGAGAUGGAAAAAAGUAUCAAGAACUCCAUUUCUCACAGAUCACAGGCAGUAGCAGCCUUAAAAUCAUAUUUAAUAAAAAAUUGUCUCUGAA